CCGUCCUAUUUCUGUUUCAACUCAACCGGGUCGUUUUCUUCUCAUUUUUUUGACCUUGGCGCUUGAAGUUGUUGCAGAGUGAGUGAGUCACACAUGGCUGCCACACCACAACAACAAUCCCAAUCCCAAUCCCAAUCUCAAUGGGAUUUUACCAGUGACCUUGAAGUGGAUUUUGGUUCUGAAGUGAAUGCAUCUAUUGUAUAUGCUACUUUAGCAGUUGAUAAGGAGUUGCAACCUGACAAAGUAAAACGAAUCAUGACCGUGUCUGAUGGAAAACUAUUAGUGCACUUUGAGGCAACAGAAGCCAGAUUUCUUAGAGCAUCAUUCAGUGCUUUUGUAGAUGUCCUUACUCUAGCAACAAAAACAAUUGAAGAGUUUGGUCAAGAAAUGGAGUUAGAGUUUCUUGGUCUUGUUUUUCACAAUGAGAGAGACAAGUCCAUUUUGAAACCAAAUGUGGGAGAAAAUGUCAAAGAAAGCACGUUGUUGUGGACCAUACUUUAGACUCCAUCAAUGCACUACAACGAUUUGGUACUGCGUUUGAGGAAAGUCACACACUCACCAAGGAAUUGUUUGUGACAAGGCAACAACUAAAGGUGUAGAGUUGAGAAAGUGAUGAAGAUUUGGUGAGUUAUGUUUGAAGCAUGUUGGCUUUCUUUUCUUAGU